UCGGGCUGUAUGAUGGAGAAGUCGGGCUGUAUGAUGGAGAAGUCGGGCUGUAUGAAGGUGAAGUCGGGCUAUAUGACGGAGAAGUCGGGCUGUACGAGGGAGAAGUCGGGCUGUAUGCCGGAGAUGUCGGGCUGUAAGCUGGAGAUGUCGGGCUGUAAGCAGGAGAUGUUGGACUGUAGCUGGGAGAUGUCGGGCUGUAGCUGGGAGAUGUCGGGCUGUAGCUGGGAGAUGUCGGGCUGUAGCUGGGCGAAGUCGGGCUGUAGGUUGGGGAAGUUGGGCUGUAGCCAGGAGAUGUCGGGCUGUAGCCAGGCGAUGUCGGGCUGUACCCUGGCGAGGAUGGGCUAUAGCCCGGAGAUGACGGGCUGUAGCCUGGAGAAGACUGCCCGUGAUCGGCGAACGGGCUGGCGUCAUGCCAAACUCCAGCCCUCCCUCCAUGUAACUAGGCAGAGGUAUCUCAAUCGCCUGUUUCAGCAUCUCCUCGUUCAAGUACAGCGCACAGUCCCCAGUGCCGAUCGGCGCCAGCUGUCCCAGCAUGAUAUUCUCCGUCACCCCUCUGAGACCGUCCUUCUCGGCAAAAACAGCGGCAUCGAGCAGAAUGUCUACCGUCUCCUCGAACGAGCACCUCAUCAUAGGGCCCGUGUCGUUUCGGUUGAUGCCGUGCCGGGUAAUGGCCAUCAGGUGACCGCGGUACGUCAUGGUGUCGCACAGUAUCGCCAGGUGGCGGUAGUUCACCUCGUCGAGCAGGGCUUUACGUACGGCCUCAAUCCCGAGAACCUCGAUGACCUCGAUCAGGUGGUUGCUCGUCGUGCGUUUCGCGUCCACGUCCUCGUGGCAGAUGACGGCCAAGAGAUUGACGCCCUCUGUGUCGAGCAUCCAUUCGUUCUCUGCCUUGAACCCGUCGUUCUCGUCAAACUUGUUUAUCUUGCCGUUCUUUAUGAAGACCUUGUUGAUGUCCGGUAUGCCCCGAAGGGCCAUCUCCGUGAGCAUGUUGCUCUCGAUCUUCUUAAGGAAGACGUCGUCCUCGGCCGACUCGUCGUUAAGCUCGCCCUUGGGGGCCUCGUCGUUCAUGAUGCGUAUGCGGAGGAUCAGCUUCUCGGCGUUAUCGUCGUUGAAUAUGCAAGUGAGGUCGUCGUCAAACUCGAGGUUGAUCUUCUCGGCAAUGUCCGCCAUGCUGAGCUUCUUGUCUACCAUCAUUUCGCGGUUCAGCUCUAUGCGGAGCAGCCAAGGGGAGAUUUUGUCGGGUACGAUUUCACAAACUCGACAUCUUCCUCGAUUAGGGUGCUCAUAGGGUCCGGAUCGUACCAAACCUCCGUGGCUUGGGUCACACUACGUAGGGUCGUGUAUUCCAGGGCGCACUGGACAUUUUUGGCCCUCUCCUUUGUUUUGCUCACAUCUGGCUUGAGAUACACAGAGAGGUGUUUUGAUUUUCUUAGCAACAUUGAUGAUCUCCCUCAACCUGGGUACGCCAAGAGUAACAUUCUUGGCACUCACACCAGCAUAGUGGAAGGUGUUGAGAGUCAUCUGUGUGGCAGGCUCCCCAAUGGACUGUGCAGCGACACAUCCAAUCAUUUCCCCGGCUGCAACAAGAGACUGCAAAAACCGAGAUUCGAUCUCGCCAAUGACCCACUCAAAAGCCUCGCGCGUAAGUCUGUACUCCUUCAAGACUCUCUUGCUUGCCAAGGCACUUCGAAGCAGUAUGUUGAAGAAAAGAGUCGCAUUCUUUUGGGCUUCCAUACUCAAAUAAUCAUCGCCCACAACCACCUUGAGUCUUUCUUCCUCCACAAUCUCCAUUGGGUGCAUAUCGGAAGGUCUUCUGAAAUCAACUCUGAAAGUCUUUUGUGCAUUCAAGAUGAGUCUCUUGAUAUUAACUGGCAGAGGCCAGGAAUUGUCACCUGUGGUCGCAAUCUCUGUCCCGAGCUGAAACCUGUCAGCUUCAAGCUUCUGUACUUCUGCAUCAAACACACUUCUGAUUUCGCGAAUAGUUUUUAA